AUGGCCGACACCAAACCCGACCUCCCCAAGCGGCCUACCACCUACUCAUCCGCACGCUCUCCGCCAGCGACGGCUACACAACGAGUGGCCCAACGGCAGACGAGUUCUCAGACUCUCAAUGGCUCCCUCUCGCCCGCCCCAACCCUCGACCGGCGCCGCUCUUCGCUCCUCAGCUACACCUCGAUCGACACCCUCGCACCGGACAUCAUCAAUCCCACCACAAGCCGUCCAGGAACUGCUCAAGAUGACCAAGAAGUCACGCACUGGCACUCGACGCCGCUGGCAUUUGCCAUACUGCCGGCAGUUGCGGGGCUGCUCUUCAAGAAUGGAAGUGCGUUUGCGACGGAUGCGCUGCUGUUGGGGUUGGCGGCGGUGUUUAUGAAUUGGAGCAUUCGGUUGCCUUGGGACUGGUACUAUUCUGCGCAGGUGCAGCGAAGGGUGGCAGGAUGGGAGGACACGGAUGGCCUGGACGGCGCUGAGGCCGACGAGACGGCUGUUGAGACCGAAUCUUCGGAAAGCAACUCUCCAAAAGACCAGCCAGAUGUACAAACCGACGCAGACCAAGACACCACGUCCUCACCACCGAGCAAGGAAGCAGCAGCCUCGGAGCUCCGCCGCCAGGAAUUGCUCGCCCUUCUUUCUACCUUCGCCUUUCCAGUCAUGGCCGCCUACCUGAUCCAUGUCAUCCGCGCCCAACUUUCAACUCCUUCCACUGGCCUUGUCUCUGAUUUCAACCUUGCCAUUUUCCUGCUUGCGGCUGAGAUCCGUCCCUGUCGCCAGCUCGUCCGCCUCAUCACAGCCCGCACUUGGCAUCUCCAACGGACAGUCACCGGCCUUAACGACCCUUUCUCUGGUGGACUGGAAUCCAAGUCUACGAUCGAGACCCUCCUCUCUCGCGUCUCGGACCUGGAAGCCAAGCUGUCUGAUCACACCGUCGUCCCACAAACUACGUCUCUGGCACAAAAGCACGACGUUUCCGACCUCUCGACCGAACUCCGCAAGCGCUACGAACCCCGCCUCGAAAGCCUGGAACGCGCAAUGCGGCGGUACGAGAAGCGAGCGGCUACAAUGGCCAUGCAAGUCGAGCAGCGCUUUGGCACGUUGGAAGGGAACAUGCAAGACACGCUCAGUCUUGCUGCGCAGGCGGCGAGGCAGAGUCAGAAUCGUGGCGUCCUCGCGAAGAUGCUGGAGACAGUCAGUGUGGUUGUAGCGUUGCCGAUGAAGGUGAUGUGGGGAGUGGUGAUAUGGCCGGUGACGGUUGUUGAGGAGGCGUAUGCAAAGAUGAAAGCGAUUCUGGUUGGGCCGCCGGCGGUGAAGGUGAAGAAGGUGGAUGGUGGGAGGAGAGCAGUGGGGAAGGACGAUGCUCACACCUUGUUGAUGCGCUCGAAGACGCGGUUGCGACUGCCAGGCAAGAGCAAGGUCGAGUUGCGAUGCUCCUUCCGCGUUGAUAUGGGACGAAAGUGGAUCCUUGGACCUCAAGUUCAGCUUUCAGACACCAGCACUCACGGAGAACAAUAUCACCAACCUCACGCCCCCACGUCGGCCCUGCACGCAAUGGCUACACCUCCAACCAUGGCAGUAACAGGCCCCGCCGCCACCGCCGUACCUGAAUGGCUCGGGAUGCCAAUCAGAUACGCCAUCGAGACCUUCCUCCGCUACACCACCAGCAACGUCCCGACCACCGACCGCACCGUCUGCAUCAACCUCUCCCGCACCAGCUUCAACCUCACCCUCUUCAGCAUCACCAUUCGCAUGUACCUCGGGAUCCGCCGGGAAGCAGGCAGAAACGCCCACCGCAAGACCUUGAUGUUGGCGUACAUCUCGGUAGCGAUAUCUGGGGCUCUGAGCUGGUUUCUCAUCAACAUGCAGUAUGCACUCGUCACGCUGCAGCUGCCGGAGGGGAUGGAGUGGGGUGGUGUUGGAGUUACGUUCAAUCACCGCAUUGUGGUGAUGGUGGGAGUCGUUUGGGAGUCGUACAAGUAUUACAAGACGGAUGAGGGUGAGAUGGAGCCUUUGGGAGGAGAAAGGGAAAGGAAGGAAGUGGAGGGCAAGGAUUGCUAG